CAGACGAUGAAAAUCAUGUGGUUGGUAAAACAACCUUGUCUGGAAAAACAGAUCAGAACACAAGUAAUGGCACAGAUAUUAAGAAAGAAACACAAGAUCCUGAACUAGACGAUCUUUUAGACAGUGCACUUGAAGACUUUGAUAAACACAAGCAGCCAGAAGAAGUGAAAGAAAGUCAGUCUAAUGGGUCUCCUCAAGAUGCUGCAGGAGGUCCAGCUUCAGAAGAUGAUUUGGCUGAUGAAUUUUCAGAUCAAAUGGCUGCACAAUUUGAAGAAGCAAUGAAAGCAUUUAUGUCCCAAGAUCCAACCAUGAUUCAGCAAUUAGAAAAACUUUCUGAAGUAGCUGGAAAGGCAGGUGAUUCUGUUGAGGCACAACAGGAGUUUGCAGCAACAUUAACUCAAACAUUAUCUGGACUAGCACAGAAUGCUGAGGGAUUACAGGAACAACCAUCUCCAGAUGAACUCAACAGUGUGUUUGCUAGUAUGGGAAUAGGAGCUAUGGGAGGUGAACCAGGUCAAGAGGCUGAUUUUCCUGCUAUGCAAGGAAUGAUGCAAAUGUUAUUAUCUAAAGAAGUUUUAUAUCCCUCCUUGAAAGAAAUAGCUUCUAAAUAUCCUAAAUGGUUAGAAGCUAAUAAAUCGGUUGUGGAAGAAGUAGAAUAUACUCGUUAUGAUAAACAAUAUGAAUUAAUGAAUGCUAUAUGUGUUGAAUAUGAGGCAGAACAGGAAACAGAUUCAGAUGACGUCAAAAGAGAAAGAUUUGAAAACUUAAUGGGCAUCAUGCAACAAAUGCAAGAAUUGGGGCAACCACCUAAAGACAUUGUUGGAGAGAUGGCACCAGGGUUAGAGUUUGAUGAUAAUGGUUUACCAAAAUUACCAGGAAUGGCCUCCUCGUGUUCUAUAAUGUGAUACUUAAUUAGUAAUAUUCAUCAUAAAUUUCAAAUCAUCUGUUAUAUGGUAGCAAUUACAAAAUUUCAGCUUUUUUCUUUUUUAAUUUCUAAAUCGAAAUCGAAAAAGAGUAGGUUAAUGCUGCUGUCCUGGCAAAAUUUCUCUGAUUGCACCAUGCAUGGCGUUGUCUAACACCCUUAAUUUCAUUUCAUUUCAUUUUUAAAGAAUUUUUCAAGUAAUUUGGAUUAGUGAAAAGAAGAUUCUAUUCAAUUGCUGAGUUGGGUUUAAUUGAAUUUAAUUUUGAGUACAGAAAAUACUGUAAAUUUGUAGUUGCUGAUCAUGUGUGUGCUUAGUAGAGUCAAAAUGUGAGUGUAGUGUGUGUGUACGAGCUAAGUUGUAGGAGUAAUUGCCACAAUUAUCAGAAACAUCAUUUCAGUACUCAAAGCAGACAACCAGAUCUACAUCAGGGAUUUUCACCAAGGGGGUAGUUUUGAAGUUUUUAGUAAUGAGGCACUUUGUAGUCUACCAUUAAAAUCUUUGGACAAUUAUAAUGUAUUCAGUCAAGCUAUAUUCUCUGACAUUGAAAAAGAUUGCAGGGAAAACUUAAAUAAAACAGGAAGAUUUAAAUAGAGG